GAAUGUACCAGACCGAGACCUACCUCGACAAACGUCUGGGUGUACAAGACAUGCAGAGACUUCCAGAGUCAGACAACUUACCACAGGGCACUGGCUUGUUUGCCUUCGAGUUCUUCCUCCCUCCUGGCUUACCUCCUUCGUUUACAAGUCCCUUGGGAGGGCGGCCCAUCUGUGGAGACUAUAUCUUUCAGAUGGGAACGACACGGGAGGACUUCAUUGAGCGCCAAUGUGGAUUCCUUUGCUAUUGUCUGGACUUACUGAGACGUGACAGAGGGAGAGAAAUUAUACGAUUUCGACAGUUGAUCCACAUUUUCCCAGGACUGUCUCUUGGCGUUGAUGCUUCUGCAAGUGAACCAGUGGAGCGAGAACUUCAUCAUGCACGCCAUUGGUUCUGCUGUGUCCCCAGCAAAGACAUCCUCUUCAAGGCCUGGCUGGACAAGCCGGAAGUGAUCAUGGGGGACACAAUACCUUUCCACGCAAAAAUCACCAACAACUCGGACAUCUUUGUCAAGUCGUCUUACAUCACCCUCAUAGCGGUGCGUCUGUUAACAUUUAGAAGCUGUUAA